AUGCGCGAGAUGCUCUAUCCGGUAGCGGCGCUCCGCGCCUCGGCGUCUCCAUCACCAUCGUCUUCCGGUUUCGUGCCCGCGCAGCCCGUCAAUCACAUAAGAUUGCCCAAAUUGGAUUUGCCGAAAUUUUCGGGAAAAUACGAUGAGUGGUAUCCCUUUUUUGACAGCUUCAAUUCUCUCAUUCAUAUAAACGCGUCGUUAAGCGACGUUCAAAAGUUGCAAUAUCUAAGGGCAUCACUCACGGGUGACGCGGCCAAGAUAAUUAGCGCAUUGGAAAUCUCAGACCCGAAUUACCAGGUGGCGUGGGCCAUCUUGAAGGAGCGAUACGACAAUCGACGCGAGAUAGUACAGAGCCACAUAAAGGCUAUUUUUGAAUUGCCAUCAAUGGCUAAGGAAAAUAUUACUGAAUUGCGGCAAAUCGUGGACGGUGCCACCAGGCACAUCCAUGCCCUUCAGGUAUUAAAGCGCCCCACCACCCAGUGGGACGAUUUAUUAGUGUACAUUCUAAGUAGCAAACUCGACGCGCUUACAUCGCGAGAGUGGCAGCUAUCGUUGACGGGCACCGCGUUGCCAACCUUAAAGCAAUUCACAGAUUUCGUCACUCACCGCUGCAUAACCCUCGAAACUAGCAGUAAGAACAAAAUUGUAAACGCGCGAGCGCAAUCGCAGUCAAAUACGAAACAACAAUCCUGCGUUGCGUUCGUGAAAGCGAAGUGCGUCUUCUGCAAGGGGAAGCAUCUCGUGUAUCACUGUGAGAGCUUCUUGGCGUUGCCCGUCUCACGAAGAAUAGCCGAGGCAAGAAAGCGCAAGCUUUGCGCAAAUUGUUUGCGUCCGGCGGAUCACGCCGCGAAUAAAUGCCCUUCAGGUAGUUGUAAGAUUUGCAGGUUAAAGCACAACACAUUGCUGCACCUCACUGUGGCGUCGGCAAAGUCGGAUGAUAGCCAGUCGUAUGACCGCGUUACCACAGAACCGGCGGCGGCCGAUACUGCCCCUGCCGUCGUCUCGAGUAGUGUCGCUUCUUCCAAACGCGGCGGUGUCAUGCUCUCGACUGCGGUCGCUUUUGUGCAGGACGACGAAGGACAUUGCAUAAACAAUACCACAACGCGAUCAUUUGAAGCAGCUGAAUUAAUAUUACAUUCUAGAGCGAAUUCAUUUAGCAUCGCGGUGGAUUGCAUCGUCACCGAACGGGUGACCGGGCAAAUCCAACCGUCAGCGUCGUGCCCCACACUGCAAAAGACCCGCUUCGGAUGGAUAUUGGCGGGGCGGUCAUGCGCUACAUCGGGUCUGUCAACGGGUGUGCAUUCCUUUCACACGUCAAUUACUAAUUCGCAAUUGCAUGAACAAUUGACAAAAUUCUGGGAGAUAGAAAACGCGGCGGCGGCGUCCGAUCCGCGUACCGCGGAAGAGAUACAGUGCGAGCAACAUUUCAUCAAGAAUGUGUCCCGCACCGAGCAGGGUAGGUUCGUUGUGAAACUGCCUUUUGCGGAACCCGCGCCGCAUGCUUUCGUGAGUUCACGAAGCAUCGCGUUAAAACGUUUUAAAGCCACAGAGAGACGAUUUAAUCGCGAUUCGGAUCUCAAAGAACAAUACUUUAAAUUCAUGGGAGAAUAUAUCGCGUUAGGUCACAUGAGGCAAGUCGGCGAGGGGGAGGACGAGGAUUCAGAAUCCUUUUACUUGCCGCAUCAUUGCAUUUUCAAGUCGCCGGCUUCUAAUAAAUUCCGUGUCGUGUUCGAUGCCUCCGCUAAGGACGCGGCGGGUGUGGCGUUAAACGACAUACUAAUGGUCGGUCCAACCGUACAGCAGGAUCUAUUCACGAUCUUGCUGCGCUUUCGCACGUUUCGUUACGCACUAUCAGCGGACAUUGUAAAAAUGUACCGUCAGAUUCAGGUGCAUUUAUCUCAAACACGCUAUCAGCGCAUUCUUUGGAGGGAAGAAUUCACUUCCAAUAUCGUAGCGUAUGAGCUACUUACUUUAACUUACGGCACGUCCCCUGCCUCAUUUUUAGCCACGCGGUGUCUCAUGUGGUUAUCAGAACAUGAAGCGGUUGAAUGGCCCCGUGGAGCGGCAUGUGUUGGGCGUGACUUUUACGUCGAUGACAUGCUCACCGGGGCCGACACAUUCAACGAAGCGGUGGCAAUACGCGACGAAACAAUUAAAGUGCUGCGCGCGGGCGCUUUCGAGCUUGGCAAAUGGGCAUCCAAUCACUCGGGAUUAUUGAAAGGCAUUAAGAAUCAAAAUGAAAACCCGGUAGUAAUUCAGGAUGCUGCGGAGUCGUCCGUGUUGGGCAUUCACUGGGUUCACUCGCGGGACACCUUCCGUUUUUUAUACAGUCCUGAUGGCGAUUCCGCGGCAGUGUCCAAGCGAAAUAUAUUAUCGGAGAUUUCUAGACUUUUCGACCCUCUCGGCCUGCUGGGCCCGGUAAUCGUUCGGACAAAACUAAUUCUACAAGAGCUUUGGCAGCUGGGCGCGCAUUGGGACGAGUCCGUUCCACAGGAGCUGCACACGCGUUGGACAGCGAUUAAGUCGCAAUUAGCGGAUAUCAAUCACCUCGAUAUUCCGCGAUGCGUCAAGUAUGCCGCGGAUUCCGGGCUAGUGCAGAUACAUGGCUUUUGCGAUGCGAGCCAGCGAGCGUACGGGGUAUGCGUAUACGUGCGAACGAAGCUCGAGGAUAACACAUAUCGCGUUGAACUUCUAUGUUCAAAAUCCCGCGUGGCACCUCUUAAGGCCCUCUCACUACCGAGGCUCGAGCUCUCGGCAGCGCUUUUAUUAGCCAGAUUGAUGCACAAAAUCCAGUCGGCGUUCGAUGUAACCGGCAUCCGGAAAUAUAUGUGGGCGGAUUCCACGAUAGUGCUCAAUUGGAUCUCUUCACCGUCGCGAAGGUGGUCGGUAUUCGUGGCGCACAGAAUUGGGGAAAUUCAAGAACUGACAGAGGUGGCGAGUUGGCGGCAUAUCAGGUUGGAAGACAAUCCGGCCGAUUGUUUAUCGCGCGGGUUAAGUCCGCAUGACGUAACAGAAUCAACGAUGUGGUGGCACGGGCCGGCAUUUUUGCAGCACGAUGAGGAAUUGUGGCCCAAUUCCGACUUCGCGUGCUCUCCACAUAAUCUUCCGGAGCAAAGAAAAUGCGUAGCAACGGUAACGGUCUCCGAUAGUUCCAUCGUCAACGAGCUAUUAAACAGGCAUUCGAGCCUUGAUAAAACGUACCGGGUAAUCGCAUAUUGUUUGAGAUUUUUUAAAGCACGGCAUCCGCAUGAGCCCGGGAAGUUUAUCACGCCGCGGGAGAAGCAAUUCGCGGUGCAAAUCGCAUGCACAUCGGUACAGAAACAGGCAUUCUUGAAUACAGGGCCCUUAGGGAGGGACGCACAAUUGGCACAACGAGCCGUGUACUGGCCUUGUCUCCCUUUAUCUCCGAGGAGGGGCUAA